AUUUUUGAUAUAGCGAUAAAACUACUUUCAUAUUUAAGACUUUCAUAUUGAUCAGAAGUGUUGCAGCGUAAGCACACGCAAAAGUUGAUUUUCAUCUGCAGAAAAGAAAAUGUCUCGAAUUGGCGAAGAAUUUGAAGAGAACGUGCGUUUAAAAACAUUGCUAGAAGAAAAGGGAAUUCAUUAUCCGGAUCAACUAAUUCAACCUGAUCGCCAAAAUAAAUUUGUAAAGUACUUUUACAAAAAGGGGUGCCUGUUCUGGACUGUCAUGAUCAUUUUCCUUCUGAUUUUUGCAUCAAUGGUACUCGUUCCUUCCGUUCUUGUCCCUAAGGAAAUCUCAAAAUGGGUUCAAAAAGGUGUAGACGUAAAAAUGAAAGAAGAAUCUUUUAAAAUGUCGGCUCAAAGGUACGAUGAUCGCAUCCAAGAUUGCCAUGGCGAUAACCUAAAAAUGUCUUUUCCGGAUUUUGACUACGCUUUGUUUGGGUACAAUAUUAUAUUUGGUUACCCAUUAGCAGUUGGACAUGACCCUGGUCUCACACAUCCUAUUUUUACAGCUGAUUAUUCAAGGAAGAAACAAACUGCUGAUUGUCAUUAUUCAUUACCUUACGGAUACAUUGUAUCUCCUGAUGUGUCUUGUGUUACUUCCUUCUCAUCAAAAGUUGUACAAAACUCCAAUCAAUUUUCCAAAUCCUUAUCAACAUCGGCAUCAGUGUCUGGUGGAGGUUGGGGGGUAAGUUUUUCUGCUAGUUAUCAGUACAAAGAGAAAUUAUCAGUGAUGUCAUCUAGCGAAUCAUUGUUUAUUUUCUCUGAAGCUAAAUGUAAUUACUACUUUGCAAUGCUUGACGAGAAAAAUCCACCUCAACUGGACCAGUCGUUUAUAAACACUGCAAAAAGUUUAAACACCGAUGAAGAUAUUUUUGAUUUCUUUGAUUACUAUGGCACGCACUACUUGAAGUAUGUACUUUUUGGUGCCAGGUUUGUGUACGAGCAUAAAAUGUCAAAAUCUGCUUAUAAAAAAGAGACGUCAAAAGGACAGGAUGUAUCGGUACAGGCCAGUUAUUCCGGGCUUUUUAGCGUCGGUGCUAGUUUCGGAAUGACGUCCAAACAAAAACAAUCUGCGCAAAACUUUCAAGAAAACGUCCAAACAUCUACCAUAACCAUUGGAGCACCACCACCAGAUAAUGGAGAUGCAACGAGAUGGGCGUCAACUGUUAAAAAUACCCCGGUGCCUGUCCAAUACAAAAUGGAAUCCAUAGAAAAUCUUUUUACAGCGAAGUAUAUGCGAAACAGUGGGAUCGAUUAUUAUAGUAUCAGAAAGAAAGUUAUAAAAGCAAAACAAUAUUACUGUAAAAAGCUUUUUAAAGAUGGCACAGUGGAUUCUUGCAACAUUUCCACUGCAGAUUAUAUCAAAUUUGAAGGUAUUGGCUUUGGGUAUACCUUCUAUAAACAAAUUUCGGGUAGUUCUGAAAUCUGCAUCGCAACAUGUAUCGACGAGCCUAAAUGCGUGGCAUCUACUUUCGGCAAUUCUGUAUGCUCUUUAUACGAGGGAAGUCCAAAAAUACACACCUUAAGCCUGUCAUCUUCAUUAUCGUGUUUUAUAUUUCUCAAUUCUAUGAAGAUUCUUGAUCAGAAAUUAAGAAUCCAAUACGCCACAUUUUCGCGUGAAGUUUCGCGGGAUCCAGGUGUGGGAAAAAGUAACGAAACAGUUUGCAUGAAAUCAUGUGAAGACAAUAAAGUAUGUGCGGCCUACAGUUUUAAAUCAGGUAAAAAGUGCUUGCAGUUUCAACAAUCAAUAAUCAAGGAUAAUUCUUUGAAAUAUGAUAAGGAUGGAACAAUCACAGUCAUACAGCCGUAAUUAUAUAGCCAUAUUUGGUGAAGCUGAAGGUGUAAUGAUUGACACUGCGGUGGUUUAAUAAACACAUUUUUUAAAAUUUAUAUCAAAUUUAAAAUUUUUUAACAAGUUGUACGGCUUUUGAAAAAAAGUUAUAAAUAUGGUAAUUUCCACUACACCUUUGCGUGUAACUCAUACGUCUAUAAAUAAGAAAAUUAAUCUGCACGAGUAGCGUUGGGGUAUAAGCUUUAACGUUUUUGCAAACACAAGAGCUUAUGAUGUAAGAACAACGCAAAUUAUGUAUUAUAAAAUGUUAUUUUUAUUUGUUGUGAUCAUCAAAGCGAAUAGAAGGAGGCAAAAUUAUUAUUACCCUCUGCCCCUAUCUCUUCAGUUGAUUCGAACCCGCUUAAUGCUUGCCGAUUAUUUACCGAAGUUAAGUGCCUUCUAGUUCCCCUAUGCUUGUGUGCCAAUCGUAAUCAUGUUUUAGUUUCUGAUUUGAUUUUGAUCGCUUGAUGCCUGGUCCCUUUUCUACUUACCCUAUCGAAAUCAAUUGCACUCCAACUAUUGCUUACAUAUCGUCUAUACACUUUGUUAUCAACUCAUAUCUAUUUUCAGUCGGUUUAUACAGAAAAUUGACAGCGCUGAUUGCCUAGAAAGCUUUAAUUAGACCUCAGUAUAGAUAGAAAAACUAGUUUAUAUUGUAAUAAGAUUGCCAUUUGCGAUUUUUUUUUCUGCCCUAUCAAUUUCCAUAAACUUUGCAUGUAAGAUUAGUUUCAUAGAAAUAUAUAAACAGCAUAGUCUUUUA